UAACCUUUAUGAUAUUCAUCCACAUGUAUUUUUGCAUUUAUUUAUUCUUUUGAAUAUUUUUAAAAAAAUGCUAGUGACAAAAUCAUUUUUCCGUAAAACUAGGACUGGAAAUAUUCAUAAAAUUGUAAGAGAUCAUUACCUCAGAGAUGAUAUUUGGUGUGGAUCAGAAGCGUGCAGAAAAUGCAAACACAAAUCUAGAGAUAUUAUUCUUGAAACAGAAAACCCUGGAACAAAAAGUUCAUUAAUUUCCCAUCCAUAUUAUUUAUUAUUAGAUACUAAUGCUGUUCUUGAUCAAAUUAACAUUUUAGAGGAAGAGUUACUAUGCAAUGUCAUUAUUCCUCAAAUUGUUUUAGAAGAAAUCAAACAUCGUAGUUCGAAUGUUUAUAAAAAAUUAAAAGACAUAAUAGGCGAUCCGAAACGUAAAUUUUAUUUAUUCGUAAAUGAGCAUCAUCGUGAAACGUAUGCUGAACGAAUACCUGGGGAAAAAGUGAACGAUCGUAAUGACAGAGCGAUUAGAAUAACAUGUAAAUGGUAUAAAAAUCAUUUAUUGUCUUCAGACAAUCCAAAUAUUGAUAUAGUAUUGAUCACUGAUGAUAAUGAUAAUAAAGAAAAAGCCAAGAGUGACGGUAUCACCGUAUUUUCCAUGGAAGAAUAUAUUUCCUCCCUAAAAGAUGCACCAUUCCUGAUAGAUAAAUUAUGUAAAAAAACUUACAUAUUAGAAGGUGGUAAAGGAGAACCUUUAUUUCCUUCUCACCUAACUCCUUCUCAGCUUCAUGAUGGAAUAAAAAAUGGAAAACUCCUUCAGGGAACCUUUUUAGCAUCGAGAGAAAAUUUUCUUGAAGGCUCAGUUAAUGUUGAGGGUAGAGAAAAAUUCAUUCUGGUACAAGGACGAGCUGGAUUAAAUAGAGCCAUUGAUGGAGAUAUAGUAGCUAUUGAAUUAUUACCUGAAGAAGAAUGGUCAAUACCGAGUGAACUAGUUUUGGAAGAAGAUGAUAAUGAAGAAGAUCCUGGUGAUGUUCUAGAUGAAGAGAAAGAAAUCCUUGAACAGAAACCAAUAAAAGAAGUUGAGCGAACGCCAACAGGUAGAAUAGUUGGCAUCAUCCGUCGAAAAUGGCGGCAAUAUUGCGGAAUACUACAGCCCAAUGUUGUGACAGGAAAUGUGAAGCAUCUGUUUGUACCAGCUGAGAGGAAAAUUCCAAAAAUAAGAAUAGAAACACGACAAUCAGAGAUAUUGUAUUCCCAGAGAAUCAUUGUUGCUAUCGAUUCGUGGCCGAGAAACUCAAGAUAUCCAUUGGGACAUUUUGUUCGUGCACUUGGAAAUGUUGGAGACAAGGACACUGAGAAUGAAGUUUUGCUUUUGGAGCAUGAUGUUCCCCACGGUCGAUUUUCUGACGCAGUUCUCAGCUUCCUCCCCAAAUUACCAUGGGUUAUCACCGAAACUGAUCUUGCUCAAAGGGUUGAUUUACGUCAUUUGGAUAUUUGUUCAGUGGAUCCACCUGGUUGUACAGAUAUCGAUGAUGCUUUGCACUGCAAAGAACUUGAAAAUGGUAAUCUAGAAGUGGGCGUUCAUAUAGCAGAUGUUUCACAUUUCAUUCGACCAGGAACUGCUUUAGACAAGGAAGCUGCUUUGAGAGCCACUACUGUCUAUCUUGUUGAUAAAAGAAUUGACAUGGUACCAGAAUUAUUGAGUUCGAACCUUUGUUCUUUACGAGGAAAUGAAGAACGAUUUGCAUUUUCCUGUAUAUGGGAAAUGGAUCAUGAUGCUAAUAUAAUUGGCACUAAAUUUUGUAAAUCUGUUAUUCGAUCUCGUCGAGCUAUGACUUAUGAAGAAGCCCAGCUUCUAAUCGAUGAUCCAUCUCAACAAGAUCCAAUUACAUUGUCACUUCGAGGAUUGAAUAAUCUCGCAAAGAAAAUGAAAAAGCGUCGUCAUGAAAAUGGUGCAUUGGUACUGGCAUCACCUGAGAUACGCUUCCAAAUAGAUAAUGAAACUCAUGACCCAAUCGAAGUCGAAGCGAAAAAAUUACGAGAUACAAAUUCAAUGGUUGAAGAGUUUAUGUUAUUGGCAAACACAUCUGUGGCAGAAAAAAUUGUACAAGAAUUUCCAGAGUGUGCUAUGUUACGUAGACAUCCAGAGCCACCACAAGUAAAUUUUGAACCGCUUAUUAAAGCUGGAAAACAUCAGGGAUUUGAAAUAAAUACUUCAAGUGGAAAAGAAUUAGCUAGAUCGCUUGAAUCAGCCCAUAAAGAAGAUAAUCCUUACUUCAAUACCAUGUUGAAAAUUCUCGCUACUCGUUGUAUGAUGCAAGCUGUUUAUUUUGUAAGUGGAAUGGUUCAACAAUCAGAGUUCUUCCACUACGGUUUAGCUUGCCCAAUUUAUACUCAUUUUACUUCACCAAUUAGAAGAUACGCUGAUAUUAUAGUCCAUCGGCUUCUUGCUGUUUGUAUCGGAGCGGAUUCAACAUACCCAGAAUUGUUAGAUAAGAAAAAAAGCCAUGAGCUUUGCCAUAAUUUAAAUUAUCGAAAUCGAAUGGCUCAGUAUGCUGGAAGAGCUUCUGUUGCUUUGAAUACCCACCUAUUCUUUCGGGAAAAAGUGGAAGAUGAAGAUGGUUACAUUUUAUUUGUACGUAAGAAUGCACUUCAAAUACUUAUACCUAAAUACGGACUUGAAGGAACAUUAUAUCUUAAGAAAAAAGGAGAAUCUUCUCCAGUGAAUUUUGUUUAUAAUGAAGAAGAACAUACACAAACUUGUGGUAAAAUUGUGUUCCGAUCUUUUGAUCCAGUGGUGGUCCAAUUGAGUUUAGACAGAACAAAUAUUCAACAUGAAAAACUAGUCUUCAAACUUGUUAAACCUGAGAUUCCAGGGUUUAGCGUUCUGGCAUCGAAUGUAAAACGUAAGAUGUCUACAGAAGAAGUGAAAGAAGUUCCUCAGAAAAAAACGAAAAAACAUAAAAAGAAAAAAGGAAAAAAUUAAAAUUGUAUAUAUAUGUGUAUUUUGUAUUUUAUUUGUAUGAAAUACAAAUUAUUUUUACAAUUUGAA